CAGCCAAUCGCAGCCUCAAAUCUUGAUCCCCACGUCGAUUGUUGGCUCCAUCCAAAGUUUUCUGUGGCAACAUUCGACAACCUUCAGACUCAUGAUAAAACAAUUCUAGAAAUAUGUCAAGGCCCGGAACCCUCCAAACAUUGUGACAAUGGCAGACGACACAUCUAGAGGUAUUGCCGACGGAGUUGCACCAUCACAUACAUUCCUGCCCAACCGCGGAUACGUGGACAGUGAAGCCAUUCAAAGUCAACAAAGACAACAUCCAGUGGACUUUGGCCCCGAGUCUCUUGACAAGGAUGCGCAGGACGAAGAGCUCUCAGACUCAUCCCUUGACGAGGAUGAAGAGGACGACGAACUCUUUGACCCGGACUAUUUGGGGUCAUCGAAUCCGGCGGAUUUGACCAAAUCAUACAACCGACAGAAACGACUCAACCAGGCACGUGCGAAUCCGAAUGUGCCAGUAUGGCAGUAUCCGAAAGCGAAUCCGCAACAGUCGGCAGCCUUGUCGUCCGAACAAACGACCCAAAGCAAACUGGCCAAGCUCAACAUAUCCGAUUAUGACGAGUACCAAAAGUCCGGUCGGGGCGAUGACGGGGACGAGCGACACAAGGACAAGAGCGACCGCGCGACGACUGAACAAGUGCUCGACCCGAAGACGCGGAAGAUUUUGUUUCAAAUGAUCAAUGCCGGCAUCGUGUCCGAGAUCAACGGCACGGUUUCAACCGGCAAAGAAGCCAACGUGUACCAUGCUCUGGCUGCCUCACCGGAGAACCCAGACGAGCCGGAUCGACACGUCGCGAUUAAAGUGUACAAAACGAGCAUUCUCGUCUUCAAAGACCGCGAGAAGUAUGUCGCAGGAGAAUUCCGGUUCCGCAAAGGCUUUAAUAAGGGCGACAACCGGGCCAUGGUGAAGCUGUGGGCGGAGAAGGAGAUGCGGAACCUCAAACGCAUCCACACGGCAGGCAUUCCAUCGCCGGAGCCACUGUAUCUGAAACGUCAUGUCCUCGCCAUGACCUUUUUGGGCGACAGCAAGGGCAAGGCGGCGCCUCGACUCAAGGACGUCGAGUUCGCCGAGGAAGAGUCUGAGUCUAGAUGGCGUAACGUCUAUAUUGAGUUACUGGCCUACAUGCGCAUCAUGCUGCAAAAGUGUAAAUUGGUUCACGCCGAUCUGAGCGAGUACAAUAUCUUAUGGCACAAGGAUCGGCCCUACAUCAUCGACGUGAGCCAGAGCGUGGAGGUGGACCAUCCGAGAAGCUUGGAUUUCUUGCGCAUGGAUAUCAAAAACGUCAAUGAUUUCUUUAAAAGACAAGGCGUGGCUGUCUUGUCGGACAAGAAAGUCUACUUGUUCAUCACAAAACAAGCUGCCAAUGAGUCCCAGCUGGAGAUUGACACGUUACGUGCGGAAAUCGAUAAAAUGCUGGCCGAAAGAACGGAUGAGGAAGAAGAUGAGGUUGAGACAGAAGUCUUCCGCAAACAGUACAUUCCGCAGACGUUGGACGAAGUCUACGACGCCGAACUUGAUGCCGAGAACUUGAAAGUCACCGGCCGUGAUGCUCUGGUGUACAAGGAUCUGCUGGCGCCGUUGAAAGGCGAAAAGGAAACCCCGGAUUCCAGCGCGCCUGCCUCAUCUGCUGGUGGCGCUAUCAAACAGGCCGAGGCGCAAGAUCCCACUGUUUCCGACCAAGAUCAGGAUCAGGAAGCAGGCGAAGGUGUUCCUCUACCAAGAGAAGAGUGUACUGGUCACGGCGAGGGUGCCGGCGACGAUGGCUCCUCCGGGGAAGACGAGAGCGAAGACCAAAAUGAAGACGAGGAAGAAGAAGACCCAGCCCAACCGCGCGGCAAGCGGUUCCAGGACAAAGACGCAAAGCGUGAACACAAGCGCAAGGUCAAGGAAGAGAAGCGCGAGAAGCGAGCCACCAAGAUUCCCAAGAAUGUCAAGAAGAAGAUGGUCAAGGAUUCCAGCCGGACGAAACGGUAGAAGCCACGACUGCUGUCUUAAGGCAGUGCGCAGGGCAUUACCAGACACGACAUUUCCGGGUAACAGCAUAGUCGUCUUCUCAAUUCCUGACGAAUGUCACCAUCGACAUCAUUUUUACUGACUGGCCACUCCUGGGUCCAACCCGAGCGGUUGACGCAGUGAGAUUCAGCUGCAGUAAUGCAGAGCCUGCCGGUAACUCUAUCUGCCUCCUUUCAACCGUCUCAAGGCAUUCUCGACAGUCUUUCUAGGCAGUUCCGGCACACUAGCAGCGAACCCACCGUCUUCGUCGGCACUAGUAAUGGUAUAACGCGGCGGCAAGGCAUUGACCCCAUCCCAUAUAUCGCUGGGAAGAUAUUCGCCCAUAUUAUCCUUGAACUCUAGUCUCAACUGCUGGUCUUGUUGGUAGAGUUGUUCCAGCUGGGAGUGGGCGUCAUUAACGAUGCGUUCCAUCUGCUUCUGGACCGUCCGGCGUCGAGCGGCUUCGACAAUGAGGCCGUCGUACGCGUGCAGAAAGUUGGCGUAGUAGUUGCAAAGUUCUUCCAUGCCGCCAAUCCCAUCUUCGAUUUUGGCCUUCUCCUCGUUCCACCGGGAGGCAUGGCGUGCGGUCUCGGCCACGUAGUUGGACAACCGCGCCGAGAUCUUGUCCAGGAGCUUAAAUGCAGAGUUGACGUCUGCAUAAGCGUUCUCCUGCCGCUCUCGCCACUGGAGGAUCUUGUCAAGUUGAGCCUCCAUCUCAGCAUUGCGGUCCUGGAGUUCCAUCACGACCUCGUCGACCUCGGCGGCGUCGUUUUCUAGUACUUGUAACAUUUCGAGUCUUUCCUCUUCAUUCAUCGGUUGGGCUGGGGCUUGCAGCUCGUCCAUCGCCAUGCCGACCGCUUCGGGAAGGUCAUCAACGUUCGCCUUGACGGUCUGGACAACCGCCUCGCCCCCACCUUCGGUGUGCUUGAUGGCGGUGACGCAGAGGUCGAAAUGCCGAACAAGGCUCUCCAGCCCUUGGGCCAUUUCUCGGGCAUGGUCUUCUAAAGAACGUAGAAUGACGGAUAUAACCGGCUGCCGUGGCCCGCUUUCCGGGUCUGACGCUUCGGUUCUGUUGGUGAGGACAUCACUGAUAGUCUGCAAAUCUUCCUCGAGGA